AUGCAAGUAACUGUAAAGGAUGCUAGUAACUGUGUAAAGGAUGCUAGUAACUGUGUAAAGGAUGCUAGUAACUGUGUAAAGGAUGCCAGUAACUGUGUAAAGGAUGCCAGUAACUGUGUAAAGGAUGCUAGUAACUGUGUAAAGGAUGCUAGUAACUGUGUAAAGGAUGCUAGUAACUGUGUAAAGGAUGCUAGUAACUGUGUAAAGGAUGCUAGUAACUGUGUAAAGGAUGCUAGUAACUGUGUAAAGGAUGCCA